CUUUAUUUGGAGACUAAUGUCUGAGGCUAGUGACGCUGUCAUAAUAUAAUGGGGAAUACUGAUAUCGUUAUUUCUCGUCGUGGACCGCCGCUCAUGAAUACUGCAAACAAGUCCUUCAGUAGCUCAAUAAAACCUACAUCACGAUUGCUCACCUGGUAUUGGUCAGCCUGUGGCGUUUGUCUUAUUUUAUAUCUGUCACUAUAUUUGUAUUCUCUGGCUAAACAUAACAGAUUUACAUCACUACCUCCACCCUUAAGGGCGACAGAAUCAACUGAAUUGUUGUACCAAAGAAUACUUCAGAAUAAACUCCAAACAAAAGAGCAAUUAUUUCAUCAACUUGAGCAAGAGUUUAGGAAUCAAUGGUGCCGACAGAGAAAGACGCGGGUCAACUGGGAACAAGUAAUGCGACCGUGUUCGGAUAAUAUGGCCUGGGGUCAAGUGAAGCCAGGAUGGGACAAAAGCCAACGAACAAGUGUAUCAAUGAGUACCAUCUAUUAUCAGGAUAUUCGUCCAGCCAGAGAGUUUAGUAGRAUAUUCAUUCAAUCGAGAACAAAGGAUGGUCAAAUCAAACGGAUUGGUGGGGAUUCUUGGAGAGUAUAUCUACGUGGACCGUCAUCCAUUGCUGCCACUGUGUUUGAUCAUAAUAAUGGCACAUACGAAGCUCUGUUUCUCGUUAUGGAACCAGGGACGUACACACUAAAAGUCAUUCUUGAUUUUAGCAUAUGUGAUGGGUUUAGGGAUCCUCCCAUCGAUUGGUUUAUCAAAGGUAAUCAUCAUGGAAAGAAACAAGAGGAGGGGAUAUUAGGCUAUUUAGAUGAUUACCUACAUGAAACAAUAGACGGACAGCUGUCAAUCAACAUAACUAAAUCCCGAAUGACCAUGCCCAUUGAAGGAAUUUUAACCCAGGAAGCUUGUGGUGCAGGUUGUGAUUUCCUCAUUGAUGGAUAUGGUAGAUGGAUCAAUAACAGGGAUUGGCUUCCAUUUAUAAAAGAGGCGGAUAUUCCUAGAGUACAAUCAGGAAGAGGUCCAUCAGGUAUGCUCAUCUCGUAUGGAGACUCCGUAGCAUUGCGGUUUGGUCUAUCUUUGGCAAGAAAUAAAAAGAUAUGUGGUGAACUGUACAAGUCGUGUUCUUAUAGAUAUAACUGGAUCUACCCUGUUGGGAACGAACAGGCUGAGAUACAGAAUAACGAUGACUUUGAUUUUAAUGAAGACCUUGUCAUCCAUUACAUAAGACAGGUCCUGGAACAACUUGUCAUGAACGAUACUAGCAGCACCUUAGUCAUAAAUAUGGGCUUACAUUUUGUCAUGUCAAUAAACUUCACUACUUACCAGCAUUUUAUUGACMAAACCAUUGGAGUUUUCUUAGAAAACCAAUAUGGUGUUGGCCAAAACAAGUCACAAUUAAAGCACAAAUCAAGAAUYAUAUGGAAAACUACAACUGUUAUUUCUAAAGAGCAUGCGGUUUCUUCAUCGAAUGCAACAAAAUGGAGGUUCUUCACGACUCAGCGAAUACUUCUCUUCAAUUCCUACGCAACGUGGGCAAUGUGUAAGGCUGGGAUCCCUGUGCUUGAUGUUCAUCCAGUUACAGAUUCCUACCCGCCUGGGGCAGAUGAUGUGGUUCAUUAUCCAGAUUCUGUAUUCAGUAAUGCUGAAAAAGCCUUGGAAAGCUUUAAAAUAAAUGAAAUAAAUGGCAAAAAAAGAACAGAACUGCCACCCAAUGCAAAUUAAGAAUGUGGUGACAGAGUGAACACAAGACUGAACUACUUUAUCUAACAAAUCACUGCCCAAGUAAGCACGAAUAGACAACCCAUUAUUGAUAAUGACCUGCGCGCGCGGUCACCCUGUGGUUUAAACGUCACUAAUUUCGGUAAUUGAUGACGAAAUAAAGUGCGUCAUAAAGGUAA